AUGUUCCGUCCCUCAUCCUUCAUAAGAUCAACAGGAUCUCGACAACCCUUGGGAGAUUUUUCAUCUUCUUCUAAUAACUCGACACCAAACACCCCUCCUCCACCUACAUCCACUAAUGAAACUAAUAGUAAUAAUAAUAUUGGAAAAUCAUUUUUGAGAGGUUCUUCAUUUGUUGGAGGAUUUACUCAGUCCUUCAACCUUCCUAUUAAGAGAACAACAGAAGUAGUGGAAACAGAUAACAAUGUCCGAAGAAAUAGCGAGGCCACACAACGUCUUCCUUCACCCUCAAUAGCAGAAACCAUUGAAGUUGAUAAAAACCUAGUAUCCAGCAUCAAAUCAUGGGCAUUUGAGGGUUCAAUUAAGUUACCAGAAUGUUUGAAUCCAAAUUUUAAACCUAAAAUACAACCAGAAGAAGAAUCAGAAAUGAAAAGAUCGGAAAGUGUAGUAAUUGAUGAAAAAAAGUCUUUUAAUGAGCUUUUCGACUCUUUAUUCUCAUCAUCUUCCUUAGAGGAAACAGCAGGAGAAAAAUCUCCCUCAACAACAGAUGAUUCUGAUGUUGCCUCUCCCCCUAAUACACCACCUUCAUCAACUAAUAGUGUAGGAACACCUCCAAAGGGAGGUUUAAAAUCUCUUUUAUUCGGAAAAAAGUAUAAACCAACAACAACAGCAACAGUAAGCAAUAUUCCUCUGGUUAAGGAAACACCUAAGCCUCUAAAUCCAUAUAGAAUUGCCCAUGUUCCUCUUCGAGAUGACCAAUUUGGCAGAACAGGGUUUAAAUUGGAAUUAACAGAUUUUCAAAUUAUAGAAACUUUCAGAGAUGUAUCUAGAUAUAAUAGAAAAAAAGAUAUUGACGAGCAACGAAGAAUGAGAAACCAACUGAUGGAAAAUUCAAAAAACCAAAAUAAUGAUACUUCAGAUUCUGUUCUGGAAAGAGAGUAUGAAUACUCGUGCUAUAGUUCCCAAUCUGAUUCCCCUGUUGUGGAUAAGAAUUCAGAGGAAAUAUUGAGAAGGAAAAAGUUUAUAGAGAAGGAAAUAAUGGAAACAGAGAUUGGAUAUGUGAGAAAUCUUGUACAUUUAUUUGAGUAUUAUUUAUUGCCAAUUAGGAAAGUUGGUAUUCUAUCAAAAGAAAACUAUCAGAUAGUAUUCAAAAACAUUAAUAUGAUUCUAGCAAUUAAUACUACAUUGCUUACAGAAUUCGAAAAAGCAUACUAUUCACUAAAACCAAAAGAGUCGAUUGCGUCGAUAUUCAGUUCUAGAAUUCCAGCAAUUAAGCUCUAUGUAGGAUAUGUAAAUAGUUACCCGAGUGCAAUCAAGUGUUUGAAUGAAAUCUUGUCAAAAGAUAAUAAUUUUGAUUCAUGGGAGAAAUCUCAACGAAAUACUAAAGUGAACGGAGUUCAUUUGUUUCCACUGAGGAGUUUUAUUGCGUUACCUCUGCAAAGAAUUACUAAGUACUACCUCUUAUUCAAUGAUUUGUUGGAAACAUUGGAUGGUGAUGACUAUUACUCUCUUAGCGCAGUUAUUGAUGAAAUGAAAUCCCUGUCCGCUUAUUGUAUCGAGAAGAAGAAUGAAUCAGAUAAUUUGGAAACUCUGUUAGAGUUCCAGAAAAAGCUGAAACUAAAAGAACUGGUAAGAGGAGAUAGAACCUUCCUUAGGGAAGGAGUUGGAAGUGUAGAUAAUGGUGACACCAUAGUUGAGUUAUAUCUAUUCUCAGACCUUUUAGUUUAUGUCAUGUCAAAUGAAUCGAAACGAGUAGUUAAGGAGGUACCUCUCAAAGCUGGUAAUCUUAUUGAACUAACCAAAAUCUCAUCCACAACUGUGAUGCUUUCCUUUCAGAAUGAAAAGAGUUAUAUCACAUUUGAUUCUGAAGAAGAGCAAAAAGUGUGGUCAUCUGCAAUCAAUGAACAACUCAAUUCCAGCUUAACAAAGGCAAGAAUAAGAAGAAGAGGAAAUUCAAGCACUCCACUAGAGGAAAAGAUUAUUUUUGCAGGCUACCUCACAAAAUCCAAAGGCUUGAGCAAGAAAACUAGAUUCCAUACAUUAUCUUCCAUGGGAGGUGUAAAAUACUAUGACAAGCCCAAUGGUGACAUGAAAGGUUCCUAUCAAAUCAAGGGAAAUCCACCAAAACAACAACAAAACAAGGAGUCCUUCUCAAAAUUGAACGAACUUUUAAAUUGGACUAACGAAUAUACCCAAUUAACACUUGAUAAUAAGAAUUUGAAUGAAGAGGAAAUAGCUGACCUGGAAAAGAGAUUGAAUAGACUUGGUCCUAUUCCAAGCGUUGAUGAAUCAUUUGUUUUCUAUGUUAAGGAAACUGGAAGACAAAAAUCUGAACCAUUUAGAAUUGAAGUUUUGUUUUCUUUACCAAAGAAGGUUCAAUUCAAUGGAAAAUUAAAGAGUAGAUUGAUUUUAACUCAACGUUUGGAAGAAUUAGUAACUUCACUUUUGGAAAAAUCAAAAAUCAUAACUGCUGAGGAAGCUAAAGCAAGAAGAGACAUUGCUUUGGAACAAUACAGAGAAAUGGAAGAGUCCGUGGGUUCAAAGGGUAAGAAGACCUAUAAAUCACUGAAAGAAGAGUUACGUAUGGCUCUCCAAAAUAAUUUACAAGGAGCAGUCAACCUUGAAAAAUUAAGAAGAGGUGAAGAAGAUGAUGAAGAAUGGUGGUGGGAUAAAGACUUGCCAUCCAUUGAACACUUGGUUACACACGGCAUGCUCUUCUUCUCUAAGAAUAUUACAGCAGAACAAACCAUCAAAGCUAUGAAUCAAUUGAAGAAUGGUCUUGGUGAGAUGAGAUAUUAUGAAUGGAGUGAUAUUCCAUUAAUGAUUACAGAAAAAACUGGCAAGUAUGCUGUAAAUGAUCCUGUUGAUGGGUUCAUUUGCAUUCCUUAUGACUUUACUCCAUUCGAUUUUGUCAAGGAAAUCAUUACCAACGAAAAGAACAUGACACUCCUCGUUGAAAAACGUGAAUUGACAAGAAAAAAGGCCGAAGCUAUUCAAAACAUUAGAGAAAAACUUAUUGAAGAAGUUGGUUUCUCUGAUUUAACCAUUUCACCAGAAUUGACCUCAGAAGAACUCUAUACAUUUAUUGAAAACUUUGAAAAGAGAUACUUAAGUAAUGACAAGAUGAAAUUGUUACUGAAAGACCUCUGUAUCAUCAUUGAUAACAAGUAUUCAGCAAGUCCAGAUGGAUACAUUUCAAUUCAUUGGAACUUUAUGCACAAUGGAAAGGACAAUAUGUUCGAAUUUUUGAAAGAUUUAGGAGCUCAAAAAAUCAAGAAUAUCAAAGAUAUGGGAAGAACUCUCAGCAAUCUUAAGAGAGCAUGUGUUUCACUCGGUGAAGAACUCAUUGAUAAACUUAAAUGUAAAGAACUCAAUUUGACAACCUAUGCCGAUUUGAACGAAUCCAAUAUGAAACGGUAUCAAACUCUCCCAGUUACCCACGAAUAUAUGAAACGAUUGAGAGAAUGUUGCCUCUUCUUGGAACGUUAUGAUUGGAGCACACAUACUUUCUAUUUGGUCAAUACUUUGGAUUUACCUAAAGGUUUCAAACUUCCACUCAAACAAGUUCCUCAUGUCAAGACAGAGGCCGAUGUUAAGAGUUUAAUGAGAAGAAUGACAAUAUAUGGUGAUACUAUCAUUGAUAUGGGCGCCAGAGCAGUCUAUAUUCCUGUAAACUUUACUGAAAAUCAAUUGUUCGAAACAGUCAACAAAUAUUGGAAGAUGAUUGAAAAACCUCAAUUGCAAUUGGAUGGUGAUGAUUUUACAGAUGUUGUAGAUCCUCAAGGAUUCCAACAAUAUAGAAAUUUGGCCUCUGAACUCGUCAAACAAGCUGAGUUUAUGCUGACAAAGAAGAGAGCAGAAAGAUAUCAACAAUUGGCUGAAUUCCUCAACAGUCUUGAAGAUCAACAAUUGUAUGGUAAGGGUGCCAAUAGUAUUAUGGAAGCAGCACUAGAUAGACAAGAAGAUGAAAGAUAUAUCAAUCUGUAUCGUACUUGGUUCAGAAUUAGAGAUAUUCCAUUAGAUGUUUUUGAAACUCAAUAA